CCUUGACAACAUAGUACAAACAAGAGAAAUUAUAAAAAAAACUGAAUAAUUUUAUUACUUGUGAUUAUAACUGCAAUAUUUGUUCUUGUUCUUGAAAAAUAUAUAUAAAAAGGCAUGAGAGGUGCUAGUACGUUAAUACCAGCCCGCUUUUUAACCCUUAUUGGUCACCUGUGUGUGCUGGUGACUUUGCUAUGGGAGAGCCAUCAGACAGUUCGGCACUGCACACCCCGUCUCCACAACAACUAUAUUCCGAUAUAUCACAGCCGGUAGCCAAUGAACACCAGCAGCUGACACAGUCGAACGAGUAUAAAGGUGGAUGGUCGUUUUACUUGGUGCUGGCCGGGGUGGCUACCACUCUGGGCUUGUCGCUGCCGGUUGGGUACAACAUCGGAGUUGUUAAUACCCCUGCUGAGGUUAUAAAGAAGUUCUGCAACGAGAGCUUCAUAAGCCGGUACGAUGUGUAUCUGGACGAGAAGUGGAUGAACGUCCUCUGGUCUUCCGUGGUCUCAAUAUUCAUAGUGGGAGGAUGCACCGGUUCUAUCCUUGGUGCUGUACUCGCCGACAAGUUAGGCAGGAAGAAAGCAACGAUUGUGACCAGCGUGUUAUUCUUAUUCGGUGCCUUAGCUUUCAUGGUAUGCCGUGCUGCGAACUCUGUAGAAUUACUCAUCCUGGGGAGGUUACUGGUUGGUCUGUCGGGUGGUCUAACAACAAGCUUAGUGCCAAUGUACUUAACAGAACUGUCCCCACUGAGCCUCACCGGCGCAAUGGGUGUCGCUUGUCCCAUGGGCGUCAAUGUCGGGGUACUAGUGGGACAAGUUAUGGGACUUAAGUUCCUAUUAGGUGGUCCUGACGAUUGGCCUUAUCUUCUGUCCGUCUACGCGCUGCUAGUCAUUUUAUGUUUACCUAUACUAUUUAUAUUGCCUGAAAGUCCAAAAUAUCUCUUUGUAGUUAGGAAGAAUGAAAAUAGAGCUAUAGAGGAAUUGAGUCGAGUUCGCGGGGUGUCGGCCAGUAUCCUCAAUGAGGAGGUGGAGAGUCUGCGUGAAGAGGCACGCUUGGCGCUGACUGCGGCCGGCGACGGUGACCGCUGGAGCAUGCUACGACUGGCCACCGACCAGCGGCUGCGGCUGCCCUUACUCCUCGCCUGCUCCAUGCAAGCCGGACAGCAGACCAGUGGGAUUAAUGCUGUGUUCUAUUAUUCUCAAACGAUCUUCCAACAAGCGGGCCUGUCGAAAGAAAACGCUCAGUACGCGACGAUCGGGUGCGGCGCCAUCAACGUGUGCACCGCGGUCCUGAUGCUGUACCUGCUACCGAGGUGCGGCCGACGCCCGUUACUGCUCGGAUCCAUACUUAGCGCGGCCGUCAUACUCGCUGUACUCGGCGUCACUAUGAUAUACAUUGAUGCGCUGUCUUGGAUGCCUUACAUCUGCAUGGUAGCUGUGCUGUCCUACGUUCUAGUGUAUGGAUUCGGUCUCGGUCCAAUACCGUAUUUUAUAGCUUCAGAGAUCUUCGAAGUGGGCCCCCGUCCGGCCGGCAUGGCGUGGGGCUCACUGGCCAACUGGGGCGGCAACUUCUUGGUGGGGAUGUCGUUCCCCAGCAUGCGGGAGGCCAUUGGACCCUACUCGUUCAUCGUGUUCUCCACUAUCACCGCUGCACUCUACGUCUUCCAGAAACUAUAUUUCCCGGAAACUAGAGGCAAAACACCGAGUCAAGUUUCGCAACUGUGCAGUCGCGGCUUCAAAUCGCGUUCGACCAAUACACGUGGUGUCAGUGUAUGACAGCGUCGGGGCCGUUCGGCCGCUGAGUAUAGACGGGUAGGACACUGGCGAAUUUAUCUAUUUGUAGAAAAAUAAUAAGUAAUAUUGCAUUAUAAAGCCUUGCAAUGCCAACUCUACGUAUUCGGACAAAUAUUUCAGAUUAGGACGCAUAAUAAAUAUUGCUAUCGGCAUUGCUUUAGACCAGAACUUGUUAUUUAUGUGUUCUGUCUCUUUCUUCCUAACUUAAUUGUUAAUUUGAAUGAAACGGAUAAGUGAUUACUACAAAAAUAUAUUUCUGGUUAGAUAUGUGAAAAUCAAUGCCAAAUACUUUAAAAGACAAUUUAAAAUUUUAUUUAUUAGAAGUUAUAGCAAUAUAUAUGUUUUGUCUCAUGCAUUUCAGAUAUGAAAGAUAGAGACGUAUUUAAAGGUGUUAAUAAGUCUGUCAAAUUGAUUUCUUAUUUUACAUGAUUUUGUUCGUAAAUCUAUAAGUUAUUGACUACACAACACCAAGUGAUAUUAUAAUGUAGUACCACAAGUAUGUUUAUAGAAACUGUCCCAUAAAAU